AUUAGUUUUUUUUUUCUGUUUGGAUGCCGAGAAAUCUAAUAACGAAACGAAUAAGGAAAAGAAAUGAGAACCUCAAUGUUGUGUGUUCUGUUUCGAUUGAUAAAUUAUAUGGAUUAGUUCAAUUAUCUGUUUUAUUUUAUAUUUAAAAACAUCGCAGGGAAAUGUUAGAGCUUAGAAACAAAUUCCUUUUUUCCCUUAGUAAUUAAAAAGAGGGUUUAAGAUUUUGAGAGAUUUGGAUUCUCGUGGAAGAUCUGAUUCUUAGGCAUCUCUGCUGUUUGGUCGCCUAUAAAUUCUGAAGGAAGAAGGCUCAAUUGAAGUAUAUGGAUAUCAUCUUAAAGGACUAAAAGAGAAGAAUGUAAAAUUUCAGAGUUGUUAGAUAUCACUUUGCACCACAUAUUACGUGGAAUGCUCGAUCAGCAUUUAUAUUACGUGGAAUGCUCGAUCAGCAUUUUCUGAGAGAAAAAAUUGAAUGAGUGAUCAUUUUGUUCAAAUUUAUUAAUGGUGGUAAUUAAAUUAACAAUUUUUUUAGGAUGACUGGUGAAGUAAUUUGCCCUUAAUUUGAAGUAUCCAAAUAAAAUUUAGAUAUACUUUUUUUCUUCCUUUCUUUUCUUCUAUUACCCAAAUCCAAACAUAGCACUAAAAAGAACUUAAUACUAGAGUUUAAAGAAACGGCAUUAAAUUUUUUCUUUUCGAAAAACAAAGCUCCCGUCUACGGACCCAAACCCUUCAAAGCAACAAAUCCGCCGUUGAAUUUCGAAGAGAUAGAGAUAGGAGCAGGGGUUGUCCAGCGAUCGGCACUGGUAUGGCUUGAAGAUUUGAACACUAGGUUCGAGAGAAUUGCAGUGGACUUCAGGUUUUGCAGUUGCAGGGCAUAGUAUAUGUUCAGGGUGGUCGAUCAUGUCUCUCUAUUCAUGGAAAAUGAAUGCACUGCAUUGUAAAGCCUAUUUGGGUUACAUGUCCAACUGAAGGAUUUCAAGUUGAGGAAGUUAGGGUUUCUAUUUGAGUGUAAAAUAUGGCUGGAAAUGCAGCAUCAAUCUUUUGGUUGGAAGAAUACAGUGGGAAGCCACUUACUCCUGUCGGUUCGAAAAGAAAGGCCAAAUCGAAGAAACUGGAGUUUAAUGGCUGGGGAUCUAAACCACUCAUUGAAUUUCUUGAAUCUAUUGGUAAAGACACCACCGAGAAGAUCUCUCAGCAUGAUGUUAGUGACAUUAUAGGCAAAUAUAUUAAUGACAAUAACCUUACUAACCCAGCAAAAAAGAAGAGAGUUCUUUGUGAUGAAAGGCUUUAUUCUAUUUUUGGAAGAAAAACAAUAAGCCGAAUCAAAGUCUAUGACUUGCUUGAGACACACUAUGCAGAAAACCAAGAUGCAUGGGAUGAUGACUUCUUUUUUAGCUCAGAAGAGGAGAAUCUUGGUGAAGAAAAAAAAUGUUUGAGAUUGGAGAAAAAAAAUUACCAGAAGAAAAGGGGUUUUGAAACACCAAAAAGCUGCUUUGCUGCAAUAAAACCAGAGAAUAUUAAACUAGUGUACUUGAAAAAGAGCUUAGUUCUGGAUCUUUCGAAAGAUUUUGGAAGCUUUGAAGCUAAAGUGGUAGAUAGCUUUGUGAGGAUCAAAUCAGAUCCAAAUAACUUCCUUCAGAAAAAUUCUCAUCAGCUUGUGCUAGUUAAAGGGAUGAAGGUCUCUGGGAAUAAUGAUGUAAAUGCAGACAUUCUCCUUCAGGUUUCAAAUUUUGUGAAAGAUGUUAGAAUUUCCAUGCUUUCAGAUGAUGAUUUCUCUCAGGAAGAAUGUGAAGAUUUGCAUCAGAGAAUGAAAAAGGGCUUGCUGAAGAGACCAACCAUUGCGGAACUUGAAGCAAAGGCUCGGGCUUUGCAUGAAGAUAUAACCAAGCAUUGGCUUGCAGCAGAACUUACGUUGUUACCAAAGCUAAUAGACCGUGCCAAUGAAAAGGGAUGGCGCAGAGAAAUGUUCGAGCACAUGGAAAGGAGACAACUGCUUCAGACUCCAGAGGAACAGUCACGACUGCUGUGUGAGGUUCCAAAUGUUAUUGCAGAGGAAGUAGAACCUGAAACUGUACUGCAAGAUGUUAAACAUGAAAAGGAUAGCUCACAGAUAUCAACUGUGAGGGAAACUUUGGAAAUUCCUAGCAAUCCAGCUUCAAAUGGAAAAUUGUCAACCUUGUUGCCCUUAAAACCAGGUAAUGUGGCCCAAUCUUCCCCGAUAAUUUUAAAAGACGAUAGAGUUCAUUGCCAUGAUGUUCAGGAGCAGCUAAUCCGCCCAAGAGACAACAAUGUCGAGAGUACACAGGUUGUCAAUGUACCAGAAGGAAAUGGUGCCAUAGUCAAACAUGACUUUUUAAAAGUAUUGGAUACCACUCAAGUGAUUGAUUUGAGUGAUGAUGAUAACGACGACAAUGAAAAACACGAGGAUUCAAACAAAACCGAGGCACAGGAUGAUGUGAGAAGCUUGAUAUGGCAUUAUCAAGACCCUCAGGGAGAUAUACAGGGUCCUUUCUCUCUCCUGUCGCUGAAAAAUUGGAUGGACCUCGACUACUUUCCAGACGAUUUUAAGGUCUGGAAGACGGGUCAAAACCGAAAUAAUGCUGUUUUGUUGGCUGACAUAGUUCGUCGAAUGUUUCAGAUUUAAGAUUUGUUGCAUAUUAUUGUAAAUGGAUAAGAAUAUCAGAUUGUUCUUGUAGCUGGCUGGCAUUUUGAAGAUAAAAAUGUGCCUUGCUAAAAUAAACAACAAUCCUUUCAAUAUCUGUUUAUAGAAUGUAUGCCAUUAUGGGGUUUUCUCCAUUGCCUUCA